CCCCCAGAAAAAGGGGGUGGUUACCAUGGAAAUGAUGUGGGGGGACAUGCAGCCUCCUCACCAUGGCAACCUGAGCUACAAGCCCAAUGCAGCUGCAGCGGGGGAAGCCGGCCCGUGACCGUGAGGGGGCACUCUCCUACCUGGGGAGGGGCUGAGCCCAAGGAUGGGCAGGGUGAUGCCCCAAGGGGCUGAGCUCCCUUCAGGAAGUGUUACUCACUGGGAAUGUGACUGCGCCUUCGCUCGGGGCCCUGGAUUCUUGGUCUCCAGAGGAGGGAAAGGGGGCCCUGCAGAGCCCUCUGCCCCAGCCAUGGAGCUUUCUGGGGAAGCCAACGGCCCUGGUCUCCUGCCCCCCACCAGGGCCGGCUCCACCUCCAGCCUGGCCCGAGACCCCGUCUAUGACAUCCCUGAGGCCCGGGGAGAGCAGGCUGGUCAGCUGCGGGGCCCCGUGCGCACAGUGAGCCUGCGGGAGCGGCUGCUGCUCACCCAGCCCGUGUGGCUACAGCUCAGUGCCAAUGCCGCAGCUGCCCUCCACGUGCUGCAGAGGGAGCCCCCCGGGACGUUCCUGGUUCGGAAAUCCAACACCAGACAGUGUAAGGCCCUGUGUGUCCGGCUCCCUGAGGCCUCGGGACCUUCCUUUGUCUCCAGUCACGACAUCCACGAAACCCCAGAGGCCGUCUCCCUGGAGGGCUCCGACCUCUCUUUCCCGGACCUGAUCCAGCUCAUUGCCACCUACUGUGAAAGCCGGGACAUCCUGCUCCUCCCUCUCCAGCUGCCCAGAGCCGUCCGCAGAGCCACUACCCACAAAGAGCUAGAAGCCAUAUCUCACCUGGGCAUGGAGUUCUGGAACUCAUCCUUGAACAGCAAGGCCCAUCGAGGUCUGGCCAUCCCUUCUCCUGAGGCCCCACCGAUUCCCCGACUGAAACCUCGAUCCCCAGAGGAACUGGACCAGGGGACCAGGGGAGCCCUCUGCUUUUUCAAUCCCUUAUUCCCUGGGGAUCUGGGCCCGGCCAAACGGGAGAAAUUCAAGAGGAGCUUCAAGGUUCGUGUAUCCACUGAGACCUCCAGCCCGUUGUCACCCCCUACUGUCCCACCACCCCCCGUGCCAGUGCCCCCUGGGGGUCCCUCCACCCAGACUCACACUGUGCCGCCUCGAAGGCCACUGAGGAGGGAAAGCUCUGGGGGCUACCGGGUCCCAGGGAGCCCUAACCCCAGCAUGCCUCCUCUGCCCUGUCUGCCCUCCCUGCGCGAGGUGGACAGCGGCUCCCCCAGCAGCUCGGAGGAGGAGGAGGGCCCACCUGGCGGCCUGGCCUCAUCCCCUCGCCCCGGCCGUCGUCGCCGGCUGCUUCGAUCCAUGAGCGAUGCCUUCUGCUCCCUCCUGGCCCCCGAGAGGCAAGUGGCCCGAGCCGUGGUGGAGCUGGCUCAGGACAGACAGACGGUCACUGGACAACUGGUACAGGACCUGCUGACCCGGGUGCGAGCUGGGCCGGAGCCCCAGGAGCUGCAGAAGGUGCGGGAGGUGCUGAGUCAAGCCCGGAGCCUGCUGGCAGCUGAGCUGGCCCAAGAAAAGCUAUUGGCUGAGGAGCGACUGGAGCUUGUGAUCGAGAAGUCUCUGCACCGUGCGGUGCUGAAGCCCCUCAGGCCUCUCCUCCUGGCCCGCCUGCAGCUCCGCUUUGCCAAGGACGGCUCGUUGGGCCGGCUGGCAGAGGGCCUCCAGCUGGCCAGGGCACAAGGGCCCGGAGCCUUCGGAAGCUGCCUCAGUCUCCCCUCCUCGUCCGAGAUGGAGCGCAUCCGCCAGAAGCUGCUGAAGCUCCUGCGGGGCUACUCGCCCUCGGCCAAGGUCACGCGCCUCCUGCAGGCCUGCAAGCUGCUGUACAAGGCCUUGAGGAACUGGGCAGGGGAGACUGCCGGGGCUGAUGAAUUCCUGCCCCUGCUGAGUGCAGUCCUGGCCCAGUGUGACCUCCCAGACCUGCUGCCCGAGGCCGAGUACAUGACCGAGCUCCUUGAGCCCAACCUGCUCACAGGAGAGGGGGGCUACUGCCUCACAAGCCUGGCAGCCAGCCUGAGCCUGCUGGGGAGUUUGGGCCAGGCUGGGGCACAGCCUAUCAGUCCAUCCCAAGAGCUCCAGCGCUCCCUCAGCCUCUGGGAACAACGCAGGCUCCCUCCCACCGGGAACUUCAAGCACCUCCUUCGGGUGGCUUACCAGGACCCCAUUAAUGGCUGCACUUCCAAGACCCUGGCCCUGCCCCCGGGCUCCACAGCAGCCACACUGGGCCAAUUAUGUGCUGCCAAGUUCCGGGUGUCUCAGCCUGAAGCCUUCGCCCUGUUCCUGCACAAUGAAAAGGGCUCCCGCCGCCUGUCCCCCGACACCCUGCCCCAUGAUCUCUCGGGUCCAGGCUACCUCAUCUACCGGCAGGUGGAGAGAGACUCCAAGGCUGAGGCCAGCAGACCCGGAGCCGGGGAGGAGGUUCCCGGGGGUGAGGGGGCAGCCCCAGGGAUAAACCCGGCCAGCCAGAGCCCAGAGGGAGGUGGAGGGAGGGCAGAGGGGCCGGGGAUGGUAGAGAGCAGAGGGACCACAGGAGGUGAGGUGGAGCAGGAGGAAGGGAAGGAGACAGAAUCGGGAGGGGCCAGGAGGAGUGACUGACCUGAACCAGUUCCCCAGGGUCCUCCACCAGACCCAUAGACUGGUGAACCCUCCUGAUUCCCUCAAUGCACUUACAACCACUUUUUGCACCUGACUUUGGGGAAAGAAACUGCCUUGGGGGUGGCCCAACCUGGAGACCCCAGAGGGCUGGAGGAGACUGCUGAUGAACGAAUGAACGAAUGAACGAAUGAACGAAUGAAUGAAUGAAUGAAUGAAUGAAUGAAUGAAUGAAUGAAUGAAGUGUUUAUUGGGCGCUUAUUAUGUGCGGAGCUCUGAAGGUUCCUAGAGAAAGGCAGACGGUGCCUGCCCUUAGGGAUCAUCUGUUCUAGGGAGGGAGACUUCAUGUUGUGCUGCUGGUCAGAGGCAGGUGGUGGGCAUGGCUGAGCCCUCCUCACACAAUGGCUCUGCUGCUCCCAAGGCUCUUGCCUUAGGGUCCCAGGAAGUUCCCAUGGAGGCUUGAAGGGUCAAGGUCGGGGCUGGGGGUGGGGGCAGUUACUGGCCCUGAAGGAGCCUGACCCCCCCCCUCCUGGGGGGCCUGGCUGGUGUGUGGGAGAGAAAGUCUUGCCAGGUCUGUAUUGGGAGCCUUCCUCAGUCACUCAUGGAAUGGGUCAGCUCACCUUGUCCAAGCCCCUCAGCUAAGGAGGCAGAAGAGACUGGCCCAAGGUCAUUCGUAGAAAGGCAGUGUCUGCCAUUCUAACUCCCAACUUCCGGGUCCAGGACAGUCAGAGGUAGCAGGACCCAUUGUUAGUUGGUCCAAUCCUGAGCCCUCUCUGAACCAGUGACUGCCUGGGCAGCCCUCACCACGCACAGUGGAGGCACAUGGCAGGUGGGGGUGGGGGUGGAGUGAAAUCCAAGCUCCCUCAGAUCCACCAACCAUCCACCUAAAUUCUCUGAACUCACCAUAGAGUCCCUCGGGCUGGAGGUCAGUGGCACAGACUGGAGAGGGUUAAUUCUUUCCCCAGCCUCUGAGCUACAGGGAAGGAAAGAGCCAACGUCCCUGUGGACGUUGUGGUCAGGAAGCCCUGACCUCAGGAGCUGAGGAUGGAGCUGGAGAGUUAGCCAAGGGCAUGCCUUCUCCUUGACAGCUCCCCCCACCGCCCCUCCCCGUUGCAACGUUCAAGUCUAAUUUCCCGGCUGGUCACCCCUUCCCUCCUUCCUCACUCUAGCCAGAGGCUCUGUAUGUCUUCUUUUCUGUCCCCCUUGAGUGCCCAGGACUGUGCUGACCACCCCACAGACAUAAAAUCAAUAUUGUUGAUCAA